AUGAAGUCAAACUAAUUUUAUCGAAAAGGAAAAAUACAAUCUACAAGUCAAAAGAAAUACAAAAAACUUGAGAAAUUUUUCUAUUAGUUAUAUUGCUCUUAUGGGCAAAAUGAUCCAGAAGCUAAUGAUAUUGAAAUAUAUCUUAAAUAGAAUGAUCUAACGAUAUGUUGCCUCAAUUCAUUAUACAGAUUAAAAAUUAUAAAAAGCAUUCCUUUUCAUUCAGAAUAAAAAUAAUUAUUGCAAAUUCAAAGAAUUACAGCUUAAGAGAAGGUAUAGCCUCAACAUCUCAGCAGACUUGGUCUAUUAACACCAUUUAUGAAGUAAAUAUAAUUUUGAUUUAGUUUAUAAAUGAAUUGUCCUCAAACAAUUAUUUAAUAAUGGCUUACAGAAUUUAGAUAUUUUUGA